AUGGGUAUGUUGAUGAUGAUGGUGGAGGAAGGGAAAGCGACCAACAUAUUUUUCGUGUGGGAAGACAAAGGAGUUAAGUUAAAGAUAUGUGCUAUUGAUCCAGAGUACAAGGUUGAGUUUAAAAGGAAAAGGGUGAGAAUAUUGGCCACAAAGCUUGUGUUUGUCGCUAGCCAAGAGAAAUUUCAUGUUGAAGCUGACAAAGAUUACUCGAAAUCAAUAACGGAUCUAAUUCUAAAGGAAGUCCCGACUAUUGAGAAGAGAAAAGGCAAAAAGGAGCAGGAUAAGAAGCCCUUGAUAUCCAUGGUCCGAGGGCCUAAACCUGGAAAGCAAACCGAAUUAACCAGGAUACACCUGUUGCAUGAUUGUAAUAGGUGCUUGGAUAAUCAACUAACACAAUGA